GGGUGGUGAUCGACAGUCGUGCGGUCUCUGGGCUGUCGCCAUUGUGUUGCAGGGAGAGGCGGCCGCCUUGGCGUGGCAGCCCGUGGGCCCGGCCCGACUUGGCCCCUCCGGUGGAUCCUCAGCCCUUGAAUGUCUGCGGCGUGAGGGUUGUGCCGCGAGAGAUAAAAAGAAUGGAGUCAAAACCCUCACGAAUUCCUCGAAGGAUAUCUGUUCAGGCCUCCAGCUCGUCGCUAGGAUCUAGAACAUUGACUGGAAACAGUUUAGCUGGUGCAUAUAGCGCAAGAGAAUCUUCACGGAGAUUAGAAUCUGGAUACCAGGAAUCCGGUGUAUUGAAUAGUUCCAGUAGAGACUGGGGAAUUGGAGAAAGAGACACCCAUGAAACUCCUUGGAAGCUUACAACGUCCUCUCCAACUCGCUACUCAGGGACACUUGAUCAUCCACAUUCUGGAAGAUUUUUGGGAAGCAGAAGCAGAUUGUCUACAUCUUCUUCCUCUCAUUUUACAUCUGGGUGUUAUGGUGACUCUGAGAGAACUCAGGGAGCAUAUUCAAGACUGCAUAGCCAGCAGCGAGAUAGUGAUUCAAAGAGACCUAAGCUAUCUUGUACAUCUACCUCUUCUGUGAGAAGUAAUGGCUUGACUGCCUUUUCAGAUUCCUCUUGGAGGUAUAGCAGGAUUCCUAGAUCUUCAUCAGUGAUGCUUGGCUCCCUUGGAACUGAGCUGGCGAGAGAGCGAAGAGAGUUGGAAAGAAGGACAGAUCUGUCCGUUAAUAACCUGGUGGAUCACAGCUACAGAAACAGUGACUUUUCAUCUUCAACAUAUCUUCAAGACAGGCCUGCCUCUUCAUAUGCAGAGGGAGCAAGACCAAAAGAGAACUCAUUAAGCACUUUGAGGCUGAAUGCAUCCAUGAACCGCCAGUUGUCUUCUGAUCAUCAGCCAUCUUUUUUCAACAGAGACUCUAACAUGAGCUCUUCAAGAUCCAGCUAUUCUUCAAGACAAAGGAGAAAUGAAUUGGAAUCUCCCCAGAGAAGCAUGCAGCCAGCGUUUUCUCUUACUGCCAUUAGAGAUGAAACUCCUUCCUCAAGUGGUUCUGAAAGGGUUUUAUCUUCUCAGAGGUCAUUGAAUGAGCCUGUAGCUGACAGUGAAGGGAGGCGCACAACCAGACAGCUGCUGUCUCGUUUAGCAUCUAGUAUGUCAUCUACAUUUUUCUCUCGAAGGUCUAACCAAGACUCAUUGCAUACAAGAUCAUUAGGCUCUGAAGAGUCAACGGUGGUCCCAAGAGUUCAAGCAUCGACUCUGUCGAGCAGUAAUGGAGCUGCAACUCCGGAAGUUCCAGGACUUCAGACAUCUGAAGCUUCUCAGGGAUUUAGUUUUCUUAGACGAAGAUGGGGUUUAUCAGGAGUUUCACAAAAUCAUAACUCUGAUUCAGACGGGGAGAGUUACAGACCAGACUCUGAAAGUAGGAGCACAGGAUCCUGGUUAUCAUCAUCUUUGAGGAACAGAUGUACACCUCUCUUUUCCAGAAGAAGAAGAGAAGGAAGAGAUGAAUCCGCAAGGAUCUCUACCUCUGAUACAACUGCCAGAUCACAACAUGUCUUCAGAAGAAGAGAGUCAGGUGAGGAGACCUCUCUUGAAGCAUCAGAUAGCCCUCCUCGGGCUUCUGUUAGCAGACCACCAACACCUGCAGUAUCUGGUAUUCCUACAGCUACUGCCUCCCCACCAGAUUCAGCCCACAGUAGGAGAAGUUCUGGAAUUCUGCCUGGUUCUCUCUUUCGCUUUGCAGUGCCUCCAACAUUAGGAAGCAGUCUGUCUGACAAUCUUAUGAUAACUGUAGAUAUUAUUCCCUCUGGCUGGAAUCAGUCUGAUGGACAAGAAAGUGGCAAGUCUAAAAUACCACCUUCAAGAGAUCCAGAAAGACUCCAGAAAAUUAAAGAGAGCUUGCUUUUAGAAGAUUCUGAAGAUGAAGAGGGUGACUUAUGCAGAAUCUGUCAGAUGUCCUCUGCAAGUUCUGACAACCUUUUAAUAGAGCCAUGCAAAUGCACUGGAAGUCUGCAGUAUGUUCACCAGGAGUGCAUGAAAAAAUGGCUGCAGUCCAAGAUUAAUUCAGGUUCUUCUUUGGAAGCAGUAACAACUUGUGAACUGUGCAAGGAGAAGUUGCAUCUGAAUCUGGAAGACUUUGACAUUCAUGAACUCUAUAGGGCACAUGCAAAUGAACAACUUCUGAGGAUGAUUCUGAAGACUGAUGCAGGUAGAACUUUCAUACUGCAAGAGAUAAAUGGAAUUGCUGCAGAAUUGUUGAACUGGCAAGAACAACUUCAACAUGCAUUUUUUUUUCCUCUCCUUAGUAAAAAGCGCAUUGAAUAUUACUGUAGUUUUUGAAGCAUUGUUGAAUUCAAAAUCAACUGCUGCACAGUGGAACUCAGUGGACUUGAGAACUACUCAGCAUGUGUGAGGGUUAGAUACACAUAAAGCAACUUCCCUUUUUAAAUGAUGAGGAUGAUGUGCUUUGUUUUGGAAGACAUCAGAUUUUCAAUAUUCAAGGAAGCUAUUAUCUCCCUUUAUGUUUCCUUCUUACUGUAGUCAGAUUUCUGGUUUUGUCUAUCGAGUUUUGCUCCUCUACUGGCACUAAGUGGUUAUAGUGGGUUUCAGGGUGAGGGUGGGCAGGGAGGGUGGGAAUGUCCAUGUACUUAAAUAGGUUUUGUUUGGAUUUUUUUAAAUGCCUCUGCUGCCACAUCAUAUAAUAACUGAUUGCUUCCAGUGUUAAUGAAUGAACAGGAGGAUGAGCAAGAUACUGUAGAGAUUGUUUGGGUUUUGGUUUAUUUGAAGAUUAUUAUUUAACUCAAAAAGCAAUAAGAACUUGCAGUGGUCUUCUAAUACUUAGUGUUAGUGAUGGCUUUUUUAUGUACUGGUCUGGGAAUUGGAGAUUAUAUUUGAUAUUAUGUGGCUGUUCCAUUAUGGAAUAUUGCAGGUGUAAACUCUUGCAUUUCAGCGUUCCUGGCAGAUAUGCAACUUGAUAAAGACCUAAGGUUGUUUAGUUUAAUUAGACUUUUUUAGAUCCCACCUUCACUGUUCAAAGCACUGGUUAUCAAUGUGUUUUCUAGUGUUGUCACUUCUUUAUAAAUAAAGACGAUAGAGGUAUGCAUCUCUACUGGUAUUGUCCAUUUUAUUUAAACAUGGAUAUCUACCAGAACUUACACUUGAAAACUUAGAAAGCUAUAGUCUCUGGUAUAUCUUUACUAAUGUUUGUAAAUUCUUAUGCAGAUAUUUAAGAUUGUUUCUGACCAUUUUGGAUUGAAAUGCUUUAUAUGAAUGGUGGUACAAUAAAUUGUCAUACAUGUAUUGGAA